GCUUCUGCUGUUGCUGUCUCCUGAGUGGUGAAUGAGGCUGCUCCUUGAUUGGAUUAUUUACUCUCUCCACCAAUCAUAAACAUUUCACUGCAUUCCCCCAAAAGCUACAAGAAGGGCGAGGGCUGGCCUAUUUCAUCAUUGUCUGUGAAGUAAUUGCUGAGAUUGUGAGAAUGACUGGACGAGGAAAAACCGGUGGCAAAGCUCGGUCCAAGGCCAAAUCUCGCUCGUCCCGGGCCGGACUGCAGUUCCCGGUGGGCCGUGUUCACAGGCUCCUGAGAAAGGGCAACUAUGCUGAGCGGGUGGGUGCCGGAGCCCCGGUCUAUCUGGCUGCCGUGCUCGAGUAUCUGACGGCUGAAAUCCUCGAGUUGGCUGGUAACGCGGCCCGGGACAACAAGAAGACCCGCAUCAUCCCCAGACACCUGCAGCUGGCCGUCCGCAACGACGAGGAGCUCAACAAGCUGCUGGGAGGGGUGACCAUCGCUCAGGGCGGGGUGCUGCCCAAUAUCCAGGCCGUGCUGUUGCCCAAGAAAACCGGCGGUGCCAGCAAAGGAAAUAAACGGUUAAUUGUGAGAAUGACUGGACGAGGAAAAACCGGUGGCAAAGCUCGGUCCAAGGCCAAAUCUCGCUCGUCCCGGGCCGGACUGCAGUUCCCGGUGGGCCGUGUUCACAGGCUCCUGAGAAAGGGCAACUAUGCUGAGCGGGUGGGUGCCGGAGCCCCGGUCUAUCUGGCUGCCGUGCUCGAGUAUCUGACGGCUGAAAUCCUCGAGUUGGCUGGUAACGCAGCCCGGGACAACAAGAAGACCCGCAUCAUUCCCAGACACCUGCAGCUGGCCGUCCGCAACGACGAGGAGCUCAACAAGCUGCUGGGAGGGGUGACCAUCGCUCAGGGCGGGGUGCUGCCCAAUAUCCAGGCCGUGCUGUUGCCCAAGAAAACCGGCGGUGCCAGCAAGUGAAGCGACAGAUUCUGACCCAGUGACCCAAAGGCUCUUUUAAGAGCCGCUCACAGUGUCUGUGAAAGGGCUGUUGUGCGGGUGAGAGGGCUCAAAUUUAUACUUGAUCGCCGUUGUUUACUGCAUGAUUAAUUGUAAUUCCCUAUGUUGUGGAACGCACAGGGUGAACAGUCGGGCUGCAGUCCGAAAUGACGGAGGUGGGUCCCCCACUGCUUGUUGGAAUUGAAUGGCUGUAUCUUUUAUAGGAGUCCAGCGGUGCGAUCGAUUAAAUGCAGCUGCCCGUUCCAGAGGAAGAUUGGGGGGAGGGGGGAGGUGAGAGCGACCGCAGGGUGGUGAUGAAGCCUUGAGGCAUGACAGGUGAACACCAGGUGUCGUUUCAUUGGCGCCUCGCUGAACCCUGGAGCAUCUUUUAACUGCGAGGCUAAAUAGAGCGCCAAUGCGAGAUCUAAGAUUGCUGUCGUUGCCCGAAUCAACGUAUCAGCAUAUCGGAGGGAGAUAGGAUAGGGAGAUGGUGCUACUCAAUAUUAUCAAAAGCAAAGAGCUGAUUAUUGACUUCCGAAUGAAGGAACCAGAGGUCCCUGGGCCAGUUCUCAUCGGGAGAAUGUGAGGUGUGAGGAAAAUGAUUAAUGGCAUUAUCAUUUCCGAGGACCUGCCGCGAGUUCGGCACCUGAUUGCCGUUACAAAGGAGCUGAUCCAACGCCUCUGCUUUCUUAGAAAUUUAACAGAUUCAGCGUGUCGCCUAAAAUGUCGACUGUCUUUUAUAGAUGUGCUGUGGAGAGCAUGUUAAAUGCCUCAUCGCCUGGUGUGGAAGCACCAGUGCUCUUGAACGGAAAAGCUAACAAAAGGUAGUAAAUACAGACCAGUCCAUCAAAAGCAAAUCCCUCCCCGCCUGCAGGUUCCGGAACAGUUAGUACCCCUCAACCAGAGGGGAUAACUACACUUUGACGGAUUCUACAACUGAUGUUCUCGAUAUUUAUUGUCUUCUAAUUUAUUAUUCUUACUUUUUUUUCUCUUUUUGUACUUAUACAGCUUGUCUUAGUUGCGAGUUUUCAAUGAUUCUUUUGUGCUUUGUAUUUACAGGCAUUGCAGUGGAACAAAGUGAUACAAUAGAAUCAAUGAAAAAAUUACACAAUCACAGAGAGACCAUUGUGCAAAGGACAAACUGCAAAUAUGUAUAAGUAAAUGCGUAUGGUGACACAUACAGUAUCUACUUCGAUAAUGAACUUAUUUUGAAAUUUGAACUUAACGUUUCAGCUUAAAGGUCCUUCAUCAGAUAACAAUGUUACCUUUCAAUACUUAGAGAGCAAAAUUCGAAUUGAAUUUAUCAUCUAAGUAUGAACAUGUCACCAUAAACAACCCUCUAAAUUGAACUAUUAAUUUUUUAAAAUCACUUUCGACUUCCUUGUCUUUUGAAACAUGGAAUUAUCACCCUUUUUGUCCCGUCCUGGUGUUAACUUCGAUUUCCCUUCCCCUGUGGUAAAUUUGACAUUGAAAUGUGUCUGAGAAGCCCCUGUAUGCAGUAAUUGCCCACUGUGGCUCCUCUGAUUGAAAGCUCACUCUGCUCUGACCCCCAGGCUGUGGACGGGAUAUAAUGUGUCUCGACACCUCUUUGUGGAACCAUUUGUGUGUUGGCAUCACUGAUGUUGCUCCCGUGGCUAUGGGCUGGUGCAGCCUCGGGUGCUGGCAGUGUGAUGUAAUGGGCUUCUGUGGUUUGCAGGUUGACGUGGAGAGAUGGGGAAGACAGCGACCGGAUCAGAUGAACUAAUCCUUGCUCCCUGUCAUUGCCAUGUUUCCCAUUCUCACACCCCUUGUUCCUCAAACCCUCACUCUUUCUGCAACCUCCUCCCAUCCUGGCAAACUCUCACUGCUCUGCUCCCCUCCAUCUGUGGCCUCUAUUAUAUCGUCACAUUACCUUUUAGGACUGGUGGCCUGUGACCAGAUGCACUGCUGGGGAAGGGGUUGUGUAUUGUCAUAUAUUGAUAAGUUGAAUGAGAAUAUAUGUAGGCUGAUUACUAAAUUUGUAAAUGACACCAAAAUUGAUGAUAUUGUGGACAGUGAAGAAGGUUGUCCAAGCUACAGUAGAACAUACAUCAACUUUGAAAAUAGGCAAGGAGGUGACAGAUGAAAUUUAAUUUGGACAAAUGCUGAAUUUUGCGUUUUAGUCAGUUAAACCAAGGCAAAACAUUACACAGUAAGUGGCAGGGCCCUGAAGAUUGUUGCAGAACAGAGGGUCCUCCAGAGAGAAUUCCAGGAAGUGGCAACUUAGUGAAGAAAGGGUUUGACUUCAUUUGCCUUCACUAGUCAGGCCAGUAAGUAGAAGAGAUGGGAUGUAAUGUUACAAUUGUACAAGACACUGGUGAAAUUGCACUUGGGGUACUGUGGACAGUUCUGGUCACCUAGCUAUAGUAACAAGAUGAUGUCGCUGGAGAGAUUGCUGGAAACAUUCACAAAGAUGUUACUCUGGGACUGGAGGUCUUGAGUUAUAAGGACAGGCUGAGUCUGUUUCUCUGGAGCACAAGAAGAGAUAGGUUCAUAUAUUAAAUCAUGGCUAGAUAAAUAAAUAUAGACAACAUUUAAGUUCCUCUGUAGCCUGUACUCUGUAACUUUCUCCAGUCCAUGUGACCUUCUGAAGUGUCUGCUCUACAUCCUUGGUGCCUUUUGAAAUUUUUAGAUUGGAGCACUGCGCUCUACCAUUUCUCAUAUGCACUGGUGACUUUGAUGAGGAUGUAAAUGGCAAAAAUAGUAAACUUGCAGACACCAAACUGGUGGUAGAGUGGACAGUUCUGAAUGGUGGGAUAUAGAUUAUUUAGGAAUGAGGCAAGGUGAUGGCAGAUGGAAUUUAAUUAAUCAAAUACACUUUGGUAAUAUAGACCAGGGCAUGGCGUACAUAGUGAAUGACAGGGCCCUGGUGACAGAUAGGUACAAGAAUAUACAGUACAGUACUAUGUAAAAGUCCCAGAAUAUGGGUAUAUACAGUAGGUAGGGCACCUGAGAUUUUUGCAGAGUACUGUAAAUGGCAAUGAGGUUGCUCUCUAAUGAGCUCGAUGCAUUUUAUGCUUGGUCUUGGGGAGUAUUCUGCAGUUAUGUGAAUAUAGCAGAUAUUAAUUCAAACAAGAACCAGUCUUCAGUUCUUAAUCUAAAUUGUAAAGUGCGAGUAAUAAAUUGAAGUUACAGUACUGGGCAAGAGUUUUGGGCAUUGUAGCUCUAUAUAUAUGUGUGUGUGUGUGUGUGUGUGUGUGUGCGUGCGCGCGCAUGCGCGUUUAUGUCUUUUGUGCAGUAUUGUCGUUCCCUGGAAGUGGGGACACAAGUAGUCAGGGAGGUGAAGAGACAUUCGGUGUGUUUGCUUUCCUCAGUUCCAGCCUUGAAUACAAUUCACCAUUUUUCUAGGGUUUGCUUUUCUAGGGCAUUGGUGUUUCACCAAGCCAUGAGGCAAGUACUCUGGAUACUCCCCACUGCAUAUCUAGAGAAGUUCCUCAAAGUUUCAGAUGAUACGCCAAAUCUGUGAAAACCUCUGAGGAAGUAGAUCUGUUGUCAUGCCUUCUUUGUAAUAGCAUUUACAUACCCUGCCCCAGGUCAGAUACAUUAAUAUGACAACACUGAAGAAUUUAGUUACUGACCCUCUGCAUCUUCAAUCCCCCAAUGAGGACUGGCUAAUGGAACUCCAGAUCCUUCCUCUUGUAGUCAGUAAUCAAAGAUUCAAAGUACAUUUAUUAUCAAAGAAUAUAUAAAUUAUGCAACCUUGAGAUUUGUUUGCCUACAGGCCGCAACAAAGCAAGAAACCCAAUAGAACCCAAUUAAAGAAAAAAAGAAUAAAAAUAAAAGGCCAAC